UCAUCUUUUCACAAGUGCACUUUAAUGAGGAAUAUAAAAAUAAAAAAAUAAAGGAAAAGAUUAAAAUACAGAGACAAAAAACAAAUACGAAGCGGCUCGACGGCAGGGGCAAAGUGGACUGCGUUUGGCUGUUUUGCGUGAGAAGGGAAAAAUGCAGGCUGUGCGAGGGUGUUUAUCAGUUGCAGGAGUUCGAUGGCUAUCAAGCGCUAGUGCGGCAGCUUCUGAUUCUGCUACCAUCGCUUCCUCCAUCUUAAAUUCCCUCAAACUUAAACAUGGCGAGGCCCUAGUACAAAAUGAGGGAGACAGUGAUAUUAGCAAAGCUAUUAUCAAGCUGGCAAAGGAACGUGGGAUCACAACAGUUAGUAUAGUUGCAGAUAAACCUGGCAAUUCUCAGAUAAUGGAAAGCCUCAAAGAACUUGGUGGGGAUGUAGUUGUGCCAGAAGGCUAUGCAUCAACAUGGUACAUGAAACGUUUAGUUGCAGAAGUAAAGCCAAAGGCAGGUCUUAACUUCAGUGAUGAUUCCCAAGCCACUGCUGUGGGUAAAGCUGUAGCAGAGGGUGGAACAUUCCUUACAUAUGGCAAAGCGCUGCCCAAGAAUGUUGUUUAUCGAGGUGCUAUUCGUAAGCCUAUAGAAUGGAGUGAGUUUCUGACAAAGAAGAAGCUGAAAGCUCAGUUGAUGUAACUCAACCAUUUCAGUUGAUUUUGGGUUAUGAUUGUUCGAUUGAGCUGAUAGUACAAAGUUUCUAGUGUUUUUGACUCCUGCAAUAUUUAUUACCAUCUUUACUCAAUUGCCUGGGGUUGAAGGAUUUGUGGUGCUUGUUAUGUAACGAUAUAGAUAUUUUGCUUCAUUCUUUAGAUGAUGGUGCCAAGUUUAUCAGAUGGAGACUCUUUAAGCAGUCAAAAACCAUGUUCAUCAUUCUUAUCUGGUUAAAUGAGGGAAUGCAAACAAAGAGCAAGCUGAUUCCAGGCUCCAGCUACGUUUUAACUAGCAUAAACCAUUUUAUAAUUUCUUACUUCAGAGGUUUUGAUCAAUAAUGUCUUUUGGAUUUGACUGUAAAAUCUUCAUUAUACUGGAAAGUUAAUGUAAGUCAGUCAAAGCAAUCAUUGCUUAAUCUUUCUAAAUUAA